ACGAAUUCUACUAACAUGAAAAAACAAAGUCCAGUGAAGGCUUCAAAAGCUUUUACAUCACGUGCAGCGAAUGUUGCUAUUGAUGAGUCUCACUUCGCAGAAUUAGAAUGGAUAGAUGACAUUUCAAAGUGUCCUGUAUACCGUCCGUCGAUGAUAGAGUUCAGGGAUCCUCUAACUUAUCUGCAAAAUAUUGCUUCUGAAGCUUCUAAAUAUGGAAUCUGCAAGAUUAUUCCCCCAAUAGAUGCUUCUGUUCCAGCCAGUGUGGUACUGAUGAAAGAACUUAGGAACUUUAAGUUCGAAACUGUAGUGCAACCUUUUCGGCUUGCUAAAUGGGAUGUGAAUGAUAAGAUCUCAUUUUAUAGAAGAGGAAGGCAAUAUACCUUCCGUGAGUUCGAGAAGAUGGCAAACAAGGAGUACUCUUCAUGUGAUUCUCCUGCAUACAUGGAGAAAGAGUUCUGGCAUCGAUUGGCUCGUGGAAAGAAAGAAACCGUUGAAUAUGGAGUCAAUGUUGAUGGCAGUGCCUUUUCAUCUGAUCCUAGGGAUCAGCUUGGGAAGAGCAAAUGGAACUUGAAGAAUCUGUCAAGGCUUCGCAAGUCCGUUUUGCGUUUGGUUGGAAGAGUUAUUCCGGGAAUAACGGAUCCAAUGCUUUACAUUGGAAUGCAAUUUGGUGUGUUUGCAUGGCACGUGGAAGAUCACUAUCUGUACAGCAUUAACUAUCAUCACUCUGGUGCACCCAAAACUUGGUAUGGAGUUCCUGGUCAUGCCGCUCUGCAGUUUGAAAGGGUAGCCCAUGAUCAUGUUUACUCUCGAGAUAUCUUAUCAUCCAAUGGAGAGGAUGGUGCUUUUGAACUGCUUUCGGAAAAAACCACAAUGUUUCUUCCAAGUAUUUUGCUACAACAUCAUGUACCUGUCUACAAGACUGUGCAGGUGCCAGGGGAAUUUGUCAUUACCUUUCCUAGAGCAUAUCAUGCAGGAUUUAGCCAUGGUUUUAAUUGUGGAGAGGCAGUAAACUUUGCAACCGCAGAUUGGUUUCCAAUGGGGGAAUUGGCCAGUGAACGUUAUGCUCUUCUUAAGAAGAUUCCAAUAAUAUCAUACGAGGAACUCCUUUGUAAUGAAGCAAUGCUUUUACUCAUGUCUUCGAAACAAGACAAUUCUGGUGAUCCAUCCACAGAUGUAGUCUCUCAGCGUGCUGUCAAGAUUUCUUUUGUACAUCUCAUACGGCAGCAUAAGCAGGCGCUUCAUCGCAUAAAAGCAUCAUCUCAUGCUUUUUCCCCACAUGCUCAAGGAACUCUCUUAUGCGGCCAUUGCAAGCGUGACUGUUACUUGGCAUACAACAUGUGCAACUUCUGCAACUCUGAUCCUUUAUGCCUUUUUCAUGAGAAUGAUUUGCUUCAUUGUUCAUGUGGACACAAGCGUACUAUUUUUCUAAGGUCGAACAUAUCAGCAAUGGAAGAUGCAGCUAAAAAAUUUGAGCAAGAAGAAGGAAAAUAUUAA